UCACUUUAGUUUUGUAUUCGUUCUUUUAUUCUGCUCCAAACUCUGUUAGCGCCUUGAUCAUCUGUGCAAUUUACGAGCUAUGCUAAUUUAGCUGUUACCUAGCAUGCUAGCGCUGGAGUAGCUAGGUGUCCGAAUGAUUGUGUACGUUUUAGCUAGCUAGCUAAUGAUAUGCAGCAAUUUAUAGGUUAGCUCAAAAUGUGUGUAGUGAGUUCAGUGCUAUAUGACGUAGCCUAUCUAGAUUAUUUAGCCUAGACUAACCCAACAAUUAAUGGAUUUGCCUGUUAUUGUGAGUUUCCAUAGUGAAUAACUUGGCCAGCUAAGUUGACAAACUUGUUUGUCUUACUUUGUAAACCUGACUUGCCACAAUGAGAUGUAAUUUAUGUUUGGUUCAGCUGACUAACUUUUAUUAUUUAAAGUACUAGCCGGGAACUAACCAGAUUGGACGCUGUGGAAGAUGUCACCCCCUUCCUAAUAUUUGAGGGUGUCCCACUACCAUUUGUUUGGCUCAUCGCCCGGGCGACCGACCUUCAGACUCUGCUUGCCUGCGUGUAAUGAGCCUGCGCUCGCCACCGUUAAUGUGCAAGUCCUUACGCUACUGCGUGAGUCACGGUCUCCACGCUGCCAUGGCGCGCCUCGAAGACGCGAACCGGGAUAUGGGCAUACUGUCUCCGGUCCGCUUCCUGGGCUACCUCUCCAGCCUGUGCUUGCUGGUGGCCAUCUGCCUGGGCCUUUACGUGCGCUGGGAGAAGACCGAGGAAGCCACCAUCCUGGUGAUCUUCAUCCUGGGCCUGUUCGUCCUGGGGAUCGCCAGCAUUUUGUACUACUACUUCUCCAUGGAGGCGGCUAGCAUGAGCCUCUUCCACCUGUGGUUCGGCUUCCUGCUGGGGCUGCUCUGUUUCCUGAACAGCCCCGCUCUCCAGGACGACGUGAAGGAAGAGGCCACCAACCACCUGCUGCUGACCAGCGUGAUGCUCAGGACCAUGUGGGCUCUCGGGGAGCGUGUACGCGGCCGCGUCCACCACCGGCCCACCCUCCUCACCUCCGCCGAGUUCCUGGAGCUGGUGGGCUUCGCCAUCGCCAGCACCACCAUGUUGCUCAACAAGGCGCUCAGCCUGAUCGUCCUGGUGGUGGCGCUGGCGGUCCUGGUGGUGGACCUGCGGAUGAAGUCCUUCCUGGCCAUCCCCAACCUGGCCUGCUUCGCCGCGGUCACCUCGCUGGUGUUCUUCCAGUCCCUGGGCAUCGAGGCCAACCCCUUCGCCCUGUCCUGCUACCUGAGCCGGCUGAUCUGCGACCCCCUGCUGGACGUGUACUUCAGCGGGCUUUCGGUGACCGAGCGCUGGCUGCCCUUCCUGACGCGCGGGCCGCUCCUCCGCAAGCUGACGGUCCUCCCGCUGGGCCUGGUGGAGCUGGCCUACCUGGUCCUGGCCGCCGUCAAGCUGGCCGACCUGCAGCUGUGGUACGUGGUGAUCCCGGGGUUCUGCGUGUCGGCCAUCUUCUGGGCCGUCUGCCACGCCAUCCUGGUGGUCACGCUGUGGGGCUUCCACACCAAGCUCAACGACUGCCAGAAGGUCUACUGCGCCCAGCGCGGGGAGGGCCGCAGCCUGGACAGGGUCAUGGCCUCCAAGGGAAUGCGCCAUUUCUGCCUGAUCUCGGAGCGCCUGGCCUUCUUCAGCAUGCUGUCCACCGCCAUACUCACCGCCAUCUCCUGGCAGCCGGGCAGCGGGACCUUCCUGAGCAUGCUGCUCCUGGUCCUCCCUCUGGAGUCCCUGGUGCACGGGCUGUUCCACGAGCUGGGGCAGUGCCUGGGGGGAACCUGCGUGGGCUACGCGCUGGUCGUUCCCACAAGCCACUGCAGCGUUGACGGCCAGCCCGCCCUGCUCCCACCGGACCUGGUCCAGGAGCUGAACCUGCGCUCCACGGGGAUGCUGAACAGCAUCCAGCGCUUCUUCUCGCACCACAUGAUCGAGCCGUACAGCUGCGACUACUCCACGGCGGGGAUGCCCCUGGACAGCCUGCAGGCCAAGCUGCGGGGCUUCCUGGAGCUGCGCACUGCCGACGGCCCCCGCCACGACACCUACCUGGUCUACUACAGCGGGCACACCCAGCGCUCCGGGGACCUGGCCCUCGCAGGCGGCGACGCGCUCCGAUUGGACGAGGUGCUGGAGUGCUGGCGGGAGAAGAACGGCGGGUUCUGCUCGCGGCUCAUCCUGGUGCUGGACACGGAGAACGCGGUGCCGUGGGUGCGGGCGGCGCGGGGCGUGGACGAGCUGUUCGUGGCGGUGCAGGGGGCGGAGCUGCGGCGGGCGGCGGACGCCGAGGCCCCGCCCCCUCAGCUGGGCGACUUCACCGCGGAGUGGGUGGAGUUCAACUGCGACCCCGAGAGCGGCGUGCAGUGGGCGGAGCCGGGCCGCACCGUGCGGGCCGCCUACGGCGUCUCCAAGCGCUGGAGCGACUACACGCUGCACCUGCCCACGGGAAGCGACGUCACCAAACACUGGAAGACCUACUUCCCCAAGGUCACCUACCCGCUGGUCUACCUGGCCGACUGGUGCGGGGGUCUGAACCUGUUCUGGGCCUGCGGCGUGUGCCUCCGCUGCGCCCGCAGGCUGAAGAUGUCCUGGUUCCCCCCCAACGUCCUCGACACGGGCCAAGGCUUCAAGCUGGUCAAGUCCUAACUCGCACGACACCGUCGACCGUUAAAGAGCUUUUAUUUAGGUGCACCUGAUGAUGUAUGUACUUUAUAUUUUUCAAAUGUAAUAUAAUUGCCCCCUCUCGCCCCCCCCCCCCAUAUUUCGAGAUGUUUUUUUUAUCGGGUUUUGUUUGUCGUCACUCCCAUGAAGUUGAUUUGUACGUUUGGUUGUGUUGAAAGUUGUUGUACCCUACUUGAUGGGCAGCUGUUGAGUCUGGACAUGACUCGAUGGAAAGAUAGUUUACUGGGUUUUGUUUGGUGGUUUGGACUGGCUUUGAUGGUUACUGUUACAAUGGCUACUGCGCCGAGUUACCUGAUUGGGUAGGCCGACAGUGUUUAGCCGCUCAGAGGAAGUGUACAUCGGAUCUCUGGGAAUUGUAGUUUUGUCGCCUGAAGGUGAAUUGACCGCUGCUGACUUGGUGAAUGAACAAACACUACAUGGUCAUGCGAUUUUGCGGCUGGCAUAUUUGCUGCUUGAGAAUCGGAUGUUCUCUGCCUCUUCUAUGAUGGCUAAUUACCCAUACUCCGUUUGGCCUUGAAUGACAUGGAAAUCAUAAGUAUUGCACAUACAUUUGACUGAGUGCUACAACGUUAACUUGUACGCAGACUGCAUUUUCCUAAAGAUCGCGUGAGCAUAGUUUUUGUACCAUUAUUCACUACAAUGUAAAUGAGUUGUUUACUGCCAUGUACACAAAAAUAUGUAUGGUGAAACAGACAUACAGUCAGUCUCAAUGUUAUGUUAGGAAUUUGGGCGGUGCGAUAGCUAUCGCGGUACAUCGAAUAGUUUUUUUCCGCGCAAUAAGAAUUAUCUCUGGUAGGUAGCGGUAGGUUUCGUUCCUUCUUUUCGUCUUUAAUCAGACAGGAUACGGUAGCACGUCUUCAGUGAAAUGCUUCCGGAAAAAUAAAAUUCACUUGUGUCUAUUCAAUGUUGGUUAACUUACCUAUUAGUUUUGAAAAACACAUCGCUUACAUUUUUCACUCUUUAUCCUUGUAGUCAUGUUUUUAUCCACCACAUGGAAACAGCAUGGCGCUGUUGGUGUCAUAUCAACAUUGAAAAGAUACUGAAGAGAUAUUUUUUUUCCCCCGGAAGCAUUUCAUUUUGGCUCAGAAAAUUGGAGGUUUGAUUCAGGUUUGAUAAUCAGGUUUGAUUAAGAAAUCUAACACUGCAUACCAGAGAUAGUUGUUACUGGGCUUACAAAAAUAAUCGUUAUACCGCGAUGGCUAUAUCGCCCAGCCCUAUUAUGAAUAUGAUGGGCAUUUGCGAUCGGCUUGAUCGCUCACACAUUGUGUUCUAGUGACGGCACAGGGGAAGCAAUGUUUGCCUCCUGUUUAGUGACUGAUGUAUUAAAAUGGCAUUAAAAGUGUCACCAUUGCACCUUACUGGUGGUACACAGAGUAGACUUGUUUUGAACCAAUGUUUUACUCCCAGAGUAUUUGGAUGGCAACCUAUGGAGUAAUGCUGACAGUGAUUGGAUGACAGUACUUCCUGCUAAUAGACCCUGCUACAGCAAAGUGGCAGUGAUGUCACAAUGGAGAACAUGCACCUUCAUUUUAUACCUUCUCCCAAACAAAUGACGGCUUGUUCUGAUUGGAACAGAAUAUAUUUUGCUAUUGUUACAUCACAAUGGAAACGAGCCGAUGGAAUGAGAAGUGGGACUGUUGGAUUGAAUCUCCUUAUUUAGUGCCUUUGCGUCUCCUGGUGGUGAAACCGGGGUAUUGCUGUUACAAUGGGGGAGCUACUCAGUUUGUUUGUGAGAGAGAUACUGUUGUUUUUCGAUUUUCUGAAAUGUUUCUGUUCCUGAUUCCGGACUUAAACAAGUGGAGCCCCAAACACAGGGGCAGCCAUUUGAGGUGAUUGGAUGGUCCGUGACCGGCCCUUACAAACUGAGGGGCUCAGAUUGGUGUAUCGUUAGUGGGCUGAAGUGGUUCUGAAAGGGCUUCUUAUCUGGCCCUGUGGGAGCUGUUGCCAAGAGCAGGGUUUCCCAAACUGCAGUCUGUGAAUGAGUGGUCAACACUAUUGAAGGAAAAAAAAACAAAAAAACAACAACUUUCCCCAAACCACCCCAAAAAAAUCACUUCUAGUAUUUGCAUAGGCCUAUGGAUAAAUGUACGCUUGUUACAGAGAAGUAUUGAUAAUUACCUCUGAAAUAUUACAUCUAAUUUCUUCUGAAAGAGUUUAUUGAUCAUAUUAUUGUGAUGCUAAAUGCGUGUCUGUUAAACAGUAGCUUCGCAGAGUAUAUUAUGAUGUUCCAGUGUGACUGAUGCACCCAUGUGUGAGAGGCUCUGCAUUGCAGUCUUCCUCAGGUACUGAAUCACGGUGUUACUAGUGAGCCCUUUCGUUAAGGUGUGGUGCUUCACCCGAGAGUGGUCAUUUCUGCAGGGCCUUAAAUAUGAAAGGUUUUGGGAAACCCUGCGCGGGAGUUGUCCAAGUAGAGUGACUGUCUGUCCCCUGGCCCAUGUGACCAGUCUCCCGUUGUUGAAUGGGGCCUUUUCCUCCCAAGCACUGUGAGUCUUCAAACAAGUUUUUUGCAAAAUGGCCAAAGUGUAUUUAAUUCAGACACACCUGCCUUGUGUAACCCUAUGCAUAUUUUCAAAAGCUUUCCUUGUAUUCGUUUCCCAGAAACGAUGCCUUAAAUCCAGUGUAUUUCUUUUUGCAUACCAUUAACACUGUAAAUAUAGUUUUGUUAAUACAGGUUUGUGAGAGCUUUAGAGGUGGUGAAGGGAAACCAUUCCGGGGGGGGGUCUACUCUGUUUCUGAACUCCAGCUCCCAAUUAUUUAAUUAUGAGCCAAAUCCUUGGACAGUUUUGGUACAUUUAUUCAUAAGCUCAAAGCUGCUUUCCUGAACCUAUAUGAAAUGUUUUUCUGUGAUCUAAUCCACAAUACAGAACCGCCAUUGGUGUUCAGCUAAGCCAAUCUGCUCAACAGAAACCGAAACUGCCCUUUUUCAGGAAUGCCGUUCUCCACCUCUGCUUUAGAAGGUCUGGCCCACUGAAGGUUGUUUUGGGUGAUGGUGUGUCCUCACACUGAUAGUGUGUGAUCAGGUGUACCGGUCCUCACACUGAUAGUGUGAUCAGGUGUACCGGUCCUCACACUGAUGGUGUGUGAUCAGGUGUACCGGUCCUCACACUGAUGGUGUGUGAUCAGGUGUACCGGUCCUCACACUGAUAGUGUGAUCAGGUGUACCGGUCCUCACACUGAUAGUGUGUGAUCAGGUGUACCGGUCCUCACACUGAUGGUGUGAUCAGGUGUACCCGGUUCUCACAAUGAUAGUGUGUGGUCAAGGGAAGGCGAGUGUACUAAUCAAUAAAGCCCUUCUUUCCUCUC